AUGAAUAUUACCGACAAAAAACAACGUGCGAUGCCAUUACAUUUCGCAGGACCGGCUGUUGACGAAAUUUUUGACACCCUUUCAGACACUGGCGAAGCGAAAGACUACGACAAAGCGAUAGAAGCACUCAAUGCCUAUUUUAUUCCGCACGUAAACACGGCGUUUGAAGAAUAUAAUUUCCGCCAUGCGAAGCAAAACCAAAGCGAAACCCUAGAUGCCUUUCAUACACGUUUAUGUCAGCUAUCGCAAAAUUGCUCGUUUACAGAUGUCGAUAAAGAGAUAAAGGACCAAAUAGUCGUUGGUUGCUCAUCACAGAAACUUCGAAGAAAGGCUCUACGUGAAGACCCGACCUUAAAGAACCUUUUAGACGCGGGGAGAGCCGAAGAAACGAGUCAAAUACAAGCGCAAUUCGUGGAGAAACAAGAGUCAAGUCAAAAUAUCAACGCCAUUAAGACGGGCGCUCUCGAGAAACAUUAA